AUGAACUCGCUGCAGCAAAUCGGCAGCAUUUUGCUGCCUGGCUGCGUCUUUGCCCAGUGCAGCAGCAGCAGCAGCAGCAGCAGCAGCGGGGAUCGUUUGUGGCUGCUGUGCGCUGACGGUAGCAUUUAUAUCUUUGAGAACGAGCUGCUGCAGCAGCAGCAGCAGCAGCAGCAGCUGCAGCAGCAGCUUCGUGCGGUGGACGUGCAGCAGCUGCUGCCUCCUGGCGAUAGGGUAGUGGCUCUGGCUGCAGCAGCAGCAGCAGCAGCAGCAGACGCAACACCUGCUGCUGCUGCUGCUGCGGAUUCUCUGGCCGUGGGAACAGUCAAGGGCUCCGUGCUGCUGCUGCAGCCGCAGCAGCAGCAGCAGCAGCAGCAGCAGCCGCAGCAGACGAGGUGUACGUACACCGCAGAAACCUGGGCUGUCGCUGCUGCUGCUGCUGCUGCGCAUGCAGCCCCAAUUGACGCCUUGGCUUGGUCUUCGAAUUUGCUGCUGCUGGCAUCAGCAGCAGCAGACGGCUCCGUUGCUCUUUGGUGA